AUGCCAGGUCCGUCAAGCAUCAAACUCCAGGGCUGGCCCCAGGACGUGGGCAUCAUUGCCUUGGAGAUUUACUUUCCAUCACAGUAUGUCGACCAGACACAGCUGGAAGCAUUUGAUGGGGUGUCUGCGGGAAAGUACACAAUCGGACUCGGCCAGAACAAAAUGGGCUUCUGUUCUGACAGAGAGGACAUCAACUCCCUGUGUCUGACCGUUGUUCAGAGGCUCAUGGAAAAGAAUGAUCUCAGCUACCGAGAUAUCGGGCGCUUGGAAGUCGGCACUGAGACAAUCAUAGACAAAUCCAAAAGCACCAAAAGUGUGCUGAUGCAGCUGUUUGAGGAGAGUGGUAACACAGAUAUAGAAGGAGUGGACACCACAAAUGCUUGCUAUGGAGGGACUGCAGCUCUCUUUAAUGCAAUCAACUGGGUGGAGUCCACUUCUUGGGACGGUCGAUAUGCAUUGGUUGUUGCCGGCGAUAUUGCUGUGUAUGCCAGUGGCAACGCCAGGUGUACAGGAGGUGCUGGAGCAGUGGCCAUGUUGGUGGGACCAGAGGCUCCGUUAGUGGUGGACAGAGGUGUACGAAGCAGUCACAUGCAACAUGCAUAUGACUUCUAUAAACCAGACAUGGCCUCCGAGUACCCAGUAGUUGACGGAAAGCUGAGCAUCCAGUGUUACCUGCACGCUCUGGACAUGUGCUAUGAAAGAUACACCACAAAGGCUAUUGCUGCAGGAUUGAGAAGUAAUAGUACUCUGGAUCUAGGAGAUGCCUUCAUUUUCCACUCUCCGUACUGUAAACUUGUGCAGAAGUCCUUUGCUCGCUUGCUGCUCAAUGAUUUUCUCAGGGACAAAAACCCUGACUUCACUGGCAGAUACGCUUCAUUGGAGGCUUUUAGGGAUGUGAAGCUGGAAGAGACCUACUUCGACAGGUCUGUCGAGAAUGCAGUGAUGACCGCUAGUCAGUCGUUAUUUGACGUCAAGACAAAACCAACCUUACUGGUGGCCAACCAGGUCGGCAACAUGUAUACUCCGUCCUUGUAUGGGGGCUUGUGCAGCUUCGUCAGUGGGCACACAACAGAUUCUAUUUUAGGAAAGAGAGUGGUGCUGUUUUCCUAUGGCUCUGGGCUGGCAUCCUCCAUGUUCUCACUCAAGUUCUCAGACAGUCUCACAGUACGAAGUUCCCUGGAUCGUCUGGUCAGCAGCCUGUCAAAUCUCAAAGAGAGACUGGACAGUCGACAGUGUGUGCCUCCAGAAGAUUUUGAUAAGAUCAUGAAGUUGCGUGAGCAAACACAUCAUUUAGCUCCCUACAAACCUGUGGGCUCCGUGUCUGUGUUGUUUCCUGGCACCUUCUACCUGACCGAUGUGGACAGCAUGCACCGCAGGAAGUACACUUGUUCUUACUUUCCUUCUGGCGGUGAAGGGGCGGAUGUAAUCAUGUCCGAGACGAAACAUGCAAGUAUAGCCAGCGAAGUGUCUCAAGUGAUAGCCAGUGACAAGUAG